CCAUCUAUUUAGCCCUCCUUUUCCUUUCCAUUUUCCCUCCCUUUAAGGCUAAACCUCAACCCAAAAACUGGUAACAAUGGCCAUAUCCGUCCCUAUUUUAGCCAUCAUCUUUGCUCUCCAUCUCAUCGCCUUCGUCUUCGCCGUCGGCGCCGAACGACGCCGUAGCUUCGCUGAGGUGGUGCCUGAUCAGUACGACGAGAGGACCUACUGCCUCUACAGUACGGAUGCGUCGACGGUGUACGGACUAUCUGCUUUUGGUCUGCUCCUUCUUAGCCAGGUUGUUGUUAACGGCGUUACUAGAUGUCUCUGCUUUGGCAAAGGCCUUGUCUCCGCCACUUCAUCCACCACUUGCGCCAUCUUUUUCUUCGUUUUCUCCUGGUUAAGCUUUUUGGGAGCUGAGGCAUGUUUACUGGCGGGAUCAGCAAAAAAUGCAUACCACACCAAGUACAGAGGAAUCUUUGGCGGAGAGGACAUUUCAUGUGCUACACUGAGGAAAGGUGUAUUUGCUGCUGGAGCUGCUCUAACUUUGUUGUCAUUGAUGGGAUCAGUCUUCUAUUACUGGGCUCACUCUAGAGCUGAUACUGGUGGAUGGCAGAAACAUCGGAAUGAAGGCGUUGGAAUGACAGAGCAGCCUCCCGAAUUUGGUAAGGUCUGACUCUAUUGUGCCUCACGUCGUUUUAAUUCCCUAAAAUUUUGGUGGUACCUGUCAAGAGAGGUAUUGAUAGAUCAAGAAUGAAUAGACUGAAUGAGCAAUGGAUGAAUAUAAGUUGUGUAGCUUCAAAGAUAAAUUAUAUUAUAUAGGAUGCUAUCGUUGUUAAUAUUUUACCUACUUACUUGGCCACGUUUUCAAUGAUGAUAUGGUGCCUUUCUCAA